GAGGCCAUGUGAGCACACAGCAAGAAGGCAGCCAUCUACAGCCCAAGGGGAGAGCUCUCACCAGACACAGACCCUGCUGGAACCUUGCUCUUAAACUUCCUUCAGUCACCCAGUCUGUGGUGUUGUAUUGUGGCAGCCAGAGCAGACUAACACAAGGUGGAGUUUCUCUCGAGGAGGCUGGAAUAGUGCUGUCUGAGGCAGCUUGUUUUGGAUCUUCUUUCUAGGUGUAAUGCUGACAGCAGCAACAAUUUCAUCCAGAAAUGGACCAAUUUUGACAAGAUGUAGUGCUGCAGCGUGCCUGAUGGGAUAUAUUCAGUCAUGGCAUCUGAACUUUGUAAGACGAUCUCUGUGGCAAGGCUGGAAAAGCACAAGAAUUUGUUCUUAAAUUACAGGAAUCUGCACCAUUUUCCAUUGGAGUUACUGAAAGAUGAGGGACUACAGUACUUGGAGAGGCUCUAUAUGAAAAGGAACUCCCUGACAACCUUGCCAGAAAACCUUGCUCAGAAGCUUCCAAACCUUGUGGAACUAUACCUUCACUCAAAUAACAUAGUUGUGGUGCCAGAAGCCAUUGGAUCUCUCGUAAAACUCCAAUGUUUGGAUCUUAGUGACAAUGCCUUAGAAAUUGUUUGCCCAGAAAUUGGUCGUCUGAGAGCUUUACGUCAUCUUCGAUUAGCUAAUAACCAACUGCAAUUCCUACCUCCAGAGGUUGGCGAUUUGAAGGAGCUGCAGACACUAGACAUUUCUACCAAUCGUUUGCUAACUUUACCCGAGAGGCUUCACCUGUGCCUUUCUCUGCAGUACCUCACUGUGGACCGAAAUCGUCUAUGGUGUGUGCCCCGUCAUCUCUGCCAGCUGCCCAGCCUCAAUGAGCUCUCCAUGGCUGGAAACCGUCUUGCGUUUUUGCCACUUGAUUUAGGUCGAUCUCGAGAACUACAAUACGUAUACGUGGAUAACAACAUUCACCUGAAAGGCUUGCCAUCCUAUCUGUACAAUAAAGUCGUCGGGUGCAGUGGCUGUGGUGCUCCCAUUCAAGUUUCUGAGGUGAAGCUGCUUUCCUUUUCAUCGGGGCAACUAACCGUCUUCCUCCCUGCUGAGGUGAAGGCCAUAGGGACAGAGAAUGAUCGCGUCCUGCCUCUGCAAGAGCUGGCCAUGAGGAGUCUACAUCACACAUACCAUACUUUCCUUAAAGAUUUGAACUUUCUGUCUCCGAUCUCGUUACCCAGAAGUCUCCUGGAGCUGCUGCACUGCCCCCUGGGACACUGUCACCGGUGUAGUGAGCCCAUGUUUACAAUUGUCUACCCCAAGCUCUUCCCCUUGAGAGAGACGCCGAUGGCAGGCCUGCACCAGGGGAGGACAACAGUUAGUUUUGUGGCUUACUGCUGCUCCGCCCAGUGUCUGCAGACAUUUGACCUACUGAGUUGAUAAACACUCGAGAGCCUCAGGAGUUUUGCCAGCUUGACACUGCAGUUGCCUGUGUAUCGCACACUGUUUGUAUGGCAGAGGGACGGGACGGUCCAGCCUGGCGGAACAGGCCCCUACAUUCUGUCCUGUCAAAUGCGGGGGACUGCAAGAACUCUCUGGAAAUGUCCCGAUUGAGCUCAGAGCUGAAAUGCCUUCACCCUUCCCCCACCCCAAGUUGGAAUAGAUCCUCCCCCAAAUUAAGGA